CAUAGGCCUUUGCAAGGCAGACUAUACAAGGCAGACUGCCAAAAUGGAGUCGACAAUUUCUGGCCAGCUCGAGUUUGAAAACCUUCCGGCCUUGCCGACCGUGUUCCACUACCUUGACCGCAGCAGCCGUUUGGUUAUUAGGCAGUGCAGCAAGAAGCUAUUAAAGGAGCACGAUGCGCUUGCAAAGCGGCUGCAGGUUGCGUUUGGAAGCAACCGCCCUCCUCCCAAUAUGGAGCAAGUUCUUUCCACGCUGAAGCGCAUUUUGGAUACUCAUUGCAAGCCAUCUCACCUUCUUCUACGCUCUGACGGUCAAGGGGAAUCAGACCUAAUAUCGAUACUAGGAGUCGUGGGAGCCCCGCAGAGCCUGGCAGAGCUGCGCAUGCACGAAUGCGCCCUUACGCCUUCCCUAGUCACAGCGCUGAUUGCUGCAGCUCCAAAGCUUAGGAAGCUGACGCUCAGCGGCUCAUCCGUUGGAAACGAGUCCCUUGCUGAAGGGUUUGGAGUUCUGCUGCAGGCACUACCGUGCAUCGAGCACUGUGGCAUGUAUCUUCGCGACGACGCUCCUGAGAACGCUUGGCGAGCGCUGGCGCAGCAUAGCAGCAUUCAUGGGCUUGAGGUGGUCUUUCCCAGUCGUCAGCUUCAGGGACUGUCCCUCCUCACAAACAUCCAGGCGUUGUCUAUGACAUGCAGCCACUCCAAUGGCGUUAAGCACGAAUACCGACGCUGUUUCGCAGCCCUGACGGGGCUUACGAGCUUAAAACGCAUCACAUCAGGGGACCGCCAAUCCUGGGAUUAUCCUGCCCUGCCCGGGAUGUCAUCGCUGGUCAACCUCCGAGAGCUAGACGUCCACGCCUUGUGGCUCUCAUCCGAAGACCUCCACGCCCUGCCCCAGCUCACCGCCCUCACCUCCCUAAAGGCUGGCGGGGUGGCUCUUGAUGCAAUCCGCGAUGCGGCGAGGAGAGCAGGGUCCGCUACAGCAGCACGCCCCCCAGACCCCCUGCACCUCCCGGUAGUGCCCUGGCAGCUGCCUCCCAACCUGCGUCACCUGCGGCUGCGGCAGCGGCAGCUGGACUUGCGCGUACUUGCCGGCAUGCAGGCGCCGCCUUCGCUGACCGCGGCGCAACUUAACGAUGCAGUCAUCAUAAUCCUGCCGUGCAGCGACACUGCGCCACUGGACAAGUUGGCGGCUGCGGUCAAGGAGGCGGCGCGCUGGUUGGUCCUGCCGUCGCGGUUCUUGCACCUGCGCCUGGAGGGCCUGCACGGGCCUGUGGGCCUGCACGCUUUGUGGCCGGCGCUGGGCUGUCUGCAGCAGCUGCAGCAGCUGGUGGUCAGUCGCGCCAGGCUGGAGGAGGGGGAUCUGCGGGCAUUGGGGGCCUCGGAGUUGGGGGCGUCACUGCAGACUCUCACGCUGCGGUCCUGCAGGGUCGACUCCAGCGGGCUGUCCCACCUGCUCAGCCUCCCCCGCCUGCGGACCCUCCAGCUGGGCGUUGAGCUCUACAUCACCUCGGACCCGGCCAGCAGGGAGCUCACCCCGGCGGCCC